CGCCGUUUUUUUCCUGCCGCGAUGACAGAAACCAAUGGUACCGGCAUAUGAACCGCUCCUCUUUCUCUGCACAUAUUACACCGGGCUGAACCUCCAGUGCACGUUCAAAUAAACCUUCAGACCUCCAGAAUACUUAAAAUACAUAUUGAAUACUUAUAGAUACAGAAACUUUGAUGUCAGACAUUAAUAGACAGAUAAAUCAUAUGAUGGAGACGGAGAUCCACGUGCCGGUCGGGUCACCGACGAUCAGAAAAUUCCAGAUAUUUGUAGACGAACAUAACGUGACGGAAGGGGCGAUGAAGCUGAUUAAAGAGCUCAGACCGGGCUGGGACCCGAACCUGAUCCGGACUAAGUUUUUCACAGAUGGCACAACUAACAAACUGGUGGGGUGUUAUGUGGAGGACUGCCUUGAGGAUGUGGUACUGGUGAGGGUGUACGGCAACAAGACGGAGCUGAUCGUGGAUCGAGACAACGAACUGAGGAGCUUCCAGGUUCUGCACGCCAAUGGUUGCGCACCCCGACUGUACUGCACCUUCCAGAAUGGGAUCUGCUACGAGUUCAUGGAAGGACGCGCUCUGGAUACUCAAGACGUCAGGGACCCCGUGUUACUCAGGCUGAUCGCACGUGAAAUGGCCCGCAUUCACGCCAUCCACGCACACAACGGCUGCAUCCCCAAACCCAACCUCUGGAUCAAAAUGCGCAAGUACUUCUCGCUGGUGGCCACUGAGUUCACAGACCAAGCCUCUAAUGCCAGAAUUCAGCAGGAAGUGCCCAGUCAGGAUGUGCUAGAACAGGAAAUGAUGUGGAUGAAGGAACACCUGUCGCAGCUGGGCUCUCCUGUAGUGCUCUGUCACAACGACCUGCUCUGCAAGAACAUCAUUCACAACUUAAAGGAAGGUCAUGUUCGGUUCAUCGAUUAUGAAUACUCAAGUUACAACUACCAAGCAUUUGACAUUGGAAAUCAUUUUAAUGAAUUUGCAGGCAUGAGUGAACCCGACUACAACCUUUAUCCCAGUCGAGAGAUGCAGUUGGACUGGUUGCACACUUACUUGCAGGCCUACAAGCUCUUUACCAAGAAAGGUGAAGAGGUGAGCCAGCGUGAACUGGAGACGCUGUACGUACAGGUCAACAAAUUUGCUCUGGCCUCACAUUUCUUCUGGGGUUUCUGGGCCCUGAUCCAAGCCAAGUACUCCUCCAUCGAGUUUGACUUCCUCGGGUACGCCGUGCUACGUUUCAAUCAAUACUUCAAGACCAAACCUGCUGUACUGGCCCUGGAGAUCCCCAAAUGAGACGUCAAGGUUGGAAGGACAGUGCUGGUAUCUGUUGACCUCAUUGGUGACCGUUUGACCGUGGAAUCAGAGGCCUUUCAGUCAGGGGAGGGUAUGGGGUACAGCAGGGGUGAGCACUGGGACCUCACAUGAUGAGUUGACCACUUAUAAGCCAAGUCCUAGUUCCAGAAAUUCUUGAUUCCUUUUUCAAACACCAUGUUUUGUCUUUGGGACUCAACUUCUGGUUGAUCAAGUUUCCAAUGAAAUUAGUGUGUUUUUAUGUUUUAAUUACAAUUUAUUUAUUAAUUAUCAGGCACUUGUUUUGCACCAAAGUAGUCCUUCCGCUCUUGGAGCCGACUUCGCUUUGGGACUUCUUGCCAUGGGUUUUGCAGUGUGAGAGCCAUAGCAAACUUAAUGCAGAAUUUGCUGUGAAACAGGCCUGUAGUGAUGUUUAGCAAAGGGGAUGUGUAACACAAACCACCUCAGCCUGUGGGUUUAUAAUGCUUUUGUCAAACGGAUGUGGCCUAGCGAUUGCUCGAAGACCAAAAAUGUGCUAAUGCUUUGAGAUUUAUCUCACUGUACAGUAAUUGGGGUAAUGGGUAAAAAUCUGGGUUGCUAAUACAAAAGUUUCUGGUUUAGAGCCAAACGGGUGACUUAGGAACUAGAUAGUAUUAUGCACUAUUACGCACUUGAGCAAAUUAGUUAAACCCUGCAAUUAGUCCCCUGUAAGUUACUUUGGAUGAACGAGCGUCAGCUAAAAGGCAAGUAACCAAGUAACCAUUGAAGUCAAUCUGACCUCACUCCAGACAUUCCCAAGAAGUCAGGGCCGCGAAACCCCUCAGCGUCUCAGCCACGUUUCCACCUAUAUAGCUUUUAUGGUUGUAAGGAGUUCUGUUGAAUUUUCCACUCAUCACAGCUGUGGAAUAUUACCACCUGCCUCCCACUUCCCCCUCCUCCUCUCGCUCUCUGUCCUAAAUGCGUUUGCAUCACCUGGCAGAGCUCAAACUGAGAUUUGAAACUCAUUAUCUGCUCAGUGAUCACUAAGCUCAUUCCUAAUGUAAACCCCUUCCUUUAAACGUCAAUCUAACGGUUGCCCAAAACUGGAAAAGGGGGCAGUUUUUAUGUAACAGUGUUGUGGAGUUUGAUUCGGGUCACCGUCUGUGAGGACUCGAUGUCCUGGAGCGAAAAGGACAAGAUUAUUUAAGUUCCGAAUAUUAAUUGCGGAUUUAGGGAUGUAAUUGCCGUCUCACUAGAAAAAGGGUUGGACUGUCUGGUUGUAUGUGAAAGUCUCUUUUCAGAACAUAUAGUUUCCACUGUUCAUCUAAAAUUAAAAAGAUAGGUGAUCUAAAACGAGACAUGAUCAUUUCACAUUUUCCAGUUUUUUGCUUUAUUUAAAUUGCAUUUUUUAUUCUUUGUUGCGUAUAUUAUGUUUUCGCCAUUAAAUUAUGUCCAGUUUUGUCUGUUAAACAUUUCAAAAGAAACUUGCUAAAGCUCCACAAAGCACAUCUGUUUAUUGUCAUGCAUAUCAAAAAGCCAGGAAUUGCACCAUUUUAGUCACUCCAGCUGUAAUAUUGUACUGUAAAUGUAGAGAUAUUUGUGAGAGUCUGUCAAGAAAAGUCAGGCCGUAUUCCCCUCCAAAAAUAUACACUACCAGUCAAAAGUUUUUGAGCAGUAAGAUUCUUAAUGUCUUUUCUUCUGCAUGUAUUUGAUCCAAAGUAUGGCAAAAACAGUACAAUUUUGAAAUAUUUUUACUAUUUAUUUAACUGCUUUUUAUGUGAAUAUGUAUUAAAAUGUAAUUUAUUCAUGUGAUUUCAAAGCUGAAUUUUUAGCAUCAUUACUCAAAUGAUCAGUCAAAAAUCAUUCUAAUAUUCUGAUUUUCUGCUAAAAAAAAUUAUAUAUAUAUAUAUAUUAUUAUUAUUAUUAUUAUUAUUAUUAAAUUUUUUUUUUAUUUCUUUAGUGAAUGGAAAGUUCAGAAGAACGUUUAUCUGAAAUAGAAAUCUUUUGUAACAUCAUUAAUGUCUUCAUCACUUUUGAUCAAUUUAAAGCAUCCUUGCUUAAUAAAACUAUUUCUAUAAUUUAUUUUGCAUAAUCUUUUAGGUUUUUAUUUCAGAUAACUGCUUAUCUUUGGAUCUUUCUAUUCAUCAAAGAAUUCAAGAAAAAAAAUAUACUGUUUUAAAUAUUGAUAAUAAUAAAAAAAAAUUCUUGAACAGCAAAUCAGCGUAUUAGAAUGAUUUCUGAAGGAUCAUGUGACACUGAGGACUAGAGUAAUGAUGCUGAAAAUGUAGCUUUGAUCACAGGAAUAAAUUACAUUUUAAAAUGUAUUCAAAUAGAAAACAGUUAUUUUAAAUAGUAAAAAUAUUUCAUAAUUUUACAGCUUUUACUGUACUUUAAUCAAAUAAAUGCAGAACAGACUUCUUUACAAACAUUAAAAAUCUUACUGUUCAAAAACUUUUGACUGGUAGUGUGUUUUGCAAAACUUAAUUGUUUUAUGACUGCAUUAAAGCAAUUUCAUUAUAAUUUAGAAGCGAAAACACAAAUUGCUGUAUUACAGUAUUGAGAAUACAGUGGAAAUCGAAAAGAAUCAGAGUUUUAAAAAAUACAAACUAACCUGUCAUUCAUACGUCACACUGCAAGAUGUUUUAUUGUUCAAAAUGUAAAUUUUUUUAUUUUUUUUAUUUUCCCUUUUCAGUUUUGUGGUGGUGAAAUACGACCUGAGCAUGUUUUUGUAAGAUUCAUCAAUUUUGAGUCAGUACUGUAUCUGUAUAACUGGAAUCACUGUCUGUCUGGCAGCUUCUUGAACCCAAGUGUCCUUUUACUGACCGACCAGAUCAGUCCCUGAUCAAUUAGUACAGCAUUCAUUUUCAGAACAUCUUGAAACUGAAGCUACAGUAGACGUUGAGUUUGAGCAGUGGGGUCACGGUGAAACCUCCGAGGUGUCUCUGGCUCAGUGUCAGGAGCAGGUUAAUAAUGAAACGCUCUGAGCCGCGGGCGACGACUGAAAGCAAGAGGCCCUUCAACAAAACCAUGAAUAAUUUUGUAGCCAGUGUUUCUCUAAUGAGCUGGAACUGCCUGAUAGCUCUGUGCUAAUGUACUUUGUUCUGGUUUUGUCCACUUCCCACUGCUUAGAUCUAAAACUUGAUUUGCAGUUUUAUGGGGAAACUUAAGAAAACAUGUCCAGGUCAAAUUUCACGCUAUAGUUAAAAGGAAAAUAAUAAAUAAGAUCUUGCAUGCAGAAAAUGAGAAAACAUUCCCAUUGCUGUAAUGUAAAAAUAAUUUAAAAUUAAAAUCAUCAUGAAUAAAAUACUGUUAAUUCAAUUAAAUUUAAAUUUAAAUUACAUUUAUUAGAAUUACAGUAAGAUCCUGUGAUUGUCUUUUUUUUUUUUUUUUUUUUUUUUUAAAGUGGUCAAAUAUGGCCUGGUUGUGCUCUUGACAGUUUCCAUAAGAUUCAACUUUUGAGGUCAGCUGAUACAUUUUUGUCUGUGAUCUGUGAUGACUGAAAAAGUGCAAAAAAGUGAAAAAUAUUUCUAUAGGUUGCAUAUUCCAUACAUGCAUGAAGAAUGUUAUGAAUCCGAACAACAUGUUCAUAUAACAGGAGUGCAGUUGCAAGAAAUGUGUGUAGCUGUACAUAUGUGUAUGUGUCUACAGGAGGAAAACCACUUUUGCUUGUAAAAUAUUAGUUGCUUAGCAAUUUUCUUUAUGAUAUGAAGGACAUUUCUAAUGUGAAGGGGGGAAAUGUUUACAAGCAUCAUUCCUGUUUCCUGGAAAGUUUAAUUUUGUUGAACUGAGAUUAUAUUUUUCCACUUUAAUAUCAGGCAACAACUGUUUAUUCCCUUUGGAAUAGAGAUUAAAGGUGGGGUAGAUUUUAACAUCAUAGACAUUUCAUAGCACCACCACCACUGUAUAUAUAAUAGUUGCAAUCUCUAUUAUUUCACCUUGUAAAUAUCCCUUUUUAAACCUUUGCUCUUAAAAGGGAUGUUUACAGGAUGCAUCUGUGUUGGGAUUUUUGUUUCGCUUGCUAUUAUGUUGAAAACACACCAAACAAGUCGGCUUCGCAGCGUGCGCUUUAUUCGAGAUCGGUUCUUUUGUGAAUGUACUGAAGAAAUGUACAGAUAAUGUUUCCUUUAUCCUUAUAUCUUUAAUAUUUCUACUUGUUUUUGUAUAUUUAACUGAACUGGGAGUGUGUUGGGUUGUUCGGUUGGCAUGGAACCAAGUGUGUGUGUGUGUGUUUGCCGGAGACCAGCAGGGGGUGCUAUUAUAACGCAAAGAGUCUGUAAAUACUGUGAAAUAUUGUGAAAAAUACUGUACAAUGUUUUCGCUUCUAUUCAGCUGUGCGGAGAAUAAUUUAAUAAUUAUUCAGAUUUUCCAUUAAAAUGUCAGAGUUGAAUCUAA